AUGGCGGGCAUGCUAGACUCGGACCGCACACGCUCAAGACGAGAGAGAACAUUUGUAGGAGAGAUAUGUGCCGCUUGCGAAGAGCCGUUGGAGCAUACAUUAAGAGGGGAGAGGGUGCUGCAGUUCUCCUGCGGGCAUGUCGCCCAUGAAGCUUGCUUCUAUGAGUACAUUCGGGAAGCGGACUCGCAAUACUGCCCAACAUGCAAGGCUCCUUUAGCUCUGGAUUCUUUCCGAGGGGGUAGUAUAUUGGACUUGAGCAAGCUGAGCAACAUGGUCCGAGCGGUGGCCCAGAAGGAUGUCACCUCACCCAGAAGUUCCCAAAAUACCCCAAUGCCCUGGGAUAUCCAGGACGACGCCUACAGCACCCGAGAUGUGUCGCAGCGACACAGCCGCGAGAAUCCCAAUCGAGACAGUCGAGAUAGCCAACGAAUGCGCAUUGAACGCUUGGGCAUUGGACAAGCACCAGCACCAGCACCAGCACAACCUCAAAUCCAACCCCAGCCCCAUGCGCAUCCUCAUCCACCGCCAGGCCAUGCACGAACCGACAGUGGCGGCAAUGCCUCCUCGACCGACUGUACCCACGAGCAUGGCAGUCAGCCAGCCCGAAAGCAUGAUUACGAUCUGCAUGCCAUGGAAACGGCCCUUGCAGGAGCCCAGAUCAGAGACACCAAGCACUCCAUCCCCGCGCCAGUUGUGACUGUGCGCAGUGAAUACCCGACGCUGACUCGCUCGCUCCAACAACAGAGCGUGACGUGCCUGGUGACGAUCGAGGUGCCCGAAAGUAAAUGGCAUCCACAAUUCGACGACGUCCAACACACCCCGCCAGUUCCACCCCUGCCGACCGAUUCGGGCAUCGGUAUACCAGCCAGGCAAAGACGGGAGCCUUCACAAGAGCCUAUGGCCUACGAGUCCCCCGAAGUGCUCGACCGGAUUACCGAAGAGCUCCAGAUGCGCGUGGACAAUUGGCACGGACUCGAAUUCCAGAGGUUUGGCAAUCUUCGCCUGCAUGGUGUGGUCCGCGUGGGCAAGGACCGGCAUUCGUGGCAAGAGCUCGAGUGCUACUUGUUUGGAGAAAUGCUCAUCUGCGUCAAGGAAAAGAAGAAUGCUCCGCCUGUCAUCGCUGAUUCCGGGCGCAAGAUGACGAGGUGCACUCUGAAGGGCUCCAUCCUGAUCAGGAAACACUUGAAGCAAGUGCACGCGUCACUGGAGGAGAACAUCCUGACGUUAAAUCUCUCUGUGGCGGAAUUGCCGACAUUCCAUCUGCUUUUCCCCGAGAGGGAGGAGCUCCAGCUCUGGCAGCGUGCUCUGAGAGAUCUACAUGUUACCGAGCCUUCUCCCCGAUAUCCCCCAGACUAUGACCAGGACACUUCGGGGACGGACGAAGAAGAUUAUGGUCGGCAGCACAGAACAGUGCGACGCGUCCCCUCCGUCGCCUCGUCAUAUGGUGGGCCGAAGUCAGCCACGACCGCAGCCACCGAGUACUCCAUGCACAGGCCGGUCUUUGAGAGGCGGGUGCCUCCUUCGUUGCAUGUUCCGAUCGAUGUCGUCGUGGUGAUCCCCAUCUCGUCGUCCAUGCAAGGGUUGAAGAUCACCCUGUUGAGAGACACCCUCCGGUUUUUGGUCUCCAAUCUGGGAGAGCGUGAUCGGAUGGGCUUGGUUACCUUUGGUUCAAGUGGCGGGGGCGUGCCCGUCGUGAGCAUGACGACCAAAACCUGGUCUGGCUGGAACAACGUUCUCAAUUCAAUCCGACCGGUUGGACAAAAGAGCUUGCGUGCAGACGUGGUGGAGGGAGCCAAUAUGGCCAUGGAUCUUCUGAUGCAGCGAAAAUCCGCCAACCCGAUCUCCACCAUCCUCUUGAUCAGUGACUCGUCGACCGCGGAGAGUGACAGUGUGGAUUUUGUCGUCCAGAGAGCUGAAGCUGCGAAGGUCGGAAUCUACUCCUUUGGGCUCGGGCUCACCCAUAAACCGGAGAGCAUGAUCGAGCUCUCCAGCCGCACCAAAGCAUCCUACCUAUAUGUGAAAGACUGGAUGAUGCUGCGCGAAUGCGCCGGUGGCGUGCUCGGGGCUCUCCAGUCCACCUCACACCAGAAUGUCAAACUCAGACUCAAGCUCCCCGAGGGAUCUCCGGCGAAGUUCAUCAAAAUUAAUGGCGCCCUGCAAACCACCAGAAGAGCGAGCGGUCGGGACGCGGAAGCGGCUCUGGGGGAUCUUCGAUUUGGCGACAAGCGAGAUAUUCUGGUACAAUUGGCCAUUGAUCCGGAUAAUACCACUCCAGAAGCUGUUCCCCAGGAUCCCUGGGAGUCUAUUGUGUCUGGCCUCGAGGCUCUGGGAGGCUCGCUCGACAGCGAUGUUGAACGUGUGCAAAGUAUCGAGGAAGUGCCUCUGCUUCAAGCAGAUCUCUCAUUUGGAGAUCUUCUGCGGGAUGGCGCCAUCACGCAACUCCCACGACCGUCUUUGCUGGCCAUCACCAUGCUACCUUCGAGCCAAUCAGCCCGUCAAAGCGGGCGACCACCAACACCUCCCAUUCCUCCCCAUCCUCAUAUCGUCCAGCGGCGAAUGGAGCUGCUGACCUCGGACAUGUUGAGCCGUGCUCUCACCCUGGUGUCCCGUGGUCAGCACGAGCGUGCCCACCAUCUGUUGAACGAGACCAGGACGAUCCUUAAAGGUCUGGGCAAAGGCGGACUGCCCCCUCUACCUCCGGGCGCCAGUCACCAUGUUGUCAACAAGCGACACACUCCUCCGUCCAAGGAUGCGAGUCCAAGAGCUGGAUCACCCGAGCGAACCCGUGAUCGUAGCCCUCAUUCUGACGCCAGCACACCGAUCCCACGUACGACUGGCAUUGACCACACCGUCAUGAACGCUCUUGAUGCCGAUAUUGAAGGCGGGCUGGAAUGGAUCAGCCACCCGGCCGUGUUCUCGCGUGACGCCCGCAAGGCCGUUCUCCAAGCCAUUGGAGUGAUUUCAUCUCAACGAGGGUACACUUUCCGCACCGCAUCCGAGUCGAUCUGGGCUGAGCGGAUACCUGGAGUCAAACGGCUGACGGAGCAAUCCCGAGAAUGGAGGGAAGCCGGUGACGAUGCCCUGACUGAAGAGUGA